AUGGUCACAUGCAAUGCACGUGACCUGGAGGGUGCCCAGGAGCUUAGGAUCAUUGCAACCAAAUAUAAUGUCACUUCCAUUAUCGUGAUUGGUGAUUCGAGUGUCGAUCCUGGUAACAACAACCAUCUUACAAACACAUGGCAUAAAGGCAACUUCCUGCCUUAUGGGGCAGAUUUCGGUCAUUCCAAACCAACUGGAAGGUUCACCAAUGGCAGACUUUCCACUGAUUUCAUCGCUGCGGCUUUAGGAUACAGAAAAGUUAUUAAAGCGUAUUUGGAUCGAAAUCUGAUGGAAGAAGACCUGUUGCAUGGUGUUAGUUUUGCAUCUGGUGGUUCCGGUUAUGAUGAUUUCACUGCAAAUGUCACUAAUGUUAUAUCUCUUCGAAAGCAAUUGGAUUACUUUAAGGAGUAUAAACUUCGUUUACGAAUGCUUGUUGGAGAAGAAGGUUCUCAUAGAAUUGUUUCGAAUGCUGUGUUCAUCCUGAGCAUGGGUACAAAUGACUUUUUACAAAAUUACUACAUUGAUCCUACUCGAUCCAAGACGUUUACGAUUGCUCAAUACCAACAUUUCUUGAUCAAUUGCAUGGAAAACUACAUAAAGGAAAUGCAGUCACUAGGAGUAAGGCGAUUGGCCUUAGUUGGGAUGGAGCCAUUCGGACGCAUGCCUAUGAUAAAGACAUUAAAGAACAGUGACAAAUGUGAUGAAGAAAUGAAUCGGGUGGCUUUCACUUUCAACUCUUUGUUGAUGGAAAAGUUAUCAACGCUCAAAACAACAUUACUGAUGCAAACCGCCUUUGUUAACAUUUAUGGUGUCAUUCAGAACAUUAUACAGAACCCAUCAAAAUAUGGAUUUUCAGAAGUUAAAAAGGGAUGUUGUGGAUCUGGAUUAACAGAAUUUGGAACUAGCUUAAAGGGGUUGGGUACAUGUAUCGAUCACUCAACAUACAUUUAUUGGGAUGCCGUUCAUUUUACAGAGAAAAUGUAUUAUGUUAUCGCGGAUGAGGUUGUGAAAUCUAUGAGUUCAAGCUUUUAG